UGUAAACUCGUAGAAGACGACUAUGCAGUGUUUCGUUUGGAAAUGUCUCAAUGCCAGAAAGAAAACAGGGCAUUGCGGAGGAAACUGCAGUUUCUGGAACUAAAGGUGGCACGGGAGCGUGUUUUCGUCAGUCGUCCCAAUAGUGUCAAGAUCCUCGACCGAUACAGACGAAUGGCAAGAGGUGAAGGACAUCUCACUGGAGGCCACAGCAGUUUUGUGAAGCCAGUGGGACACAAUACAUGGAGAGAUGACCAACCAAUCACUGUUGAUGAGGGGAGUGAAACCUCAACCCAGCACGUUAUUGUGAUAGAGUCUGCAGAUGCAGAGGGUGCAGGUCCUGGGGUCAAGCAGGAGAAGACUGAAGGAGAGGUGGAACCACGGCAAAGCAGAGACAUCCAGACUGGUUUGGCUGGAGCACCCCCUGUAGCCACAGAGGACCCCACCAUCACCCCAGCACCGCCCAGGAACCGAUGCAGCAUCACAGACGUCAAUGGAAUGCCGAAUGCCGCCCUGAAGUCAGAGACAGAUACAGAGACUUUAACUGUAACACACAGGCUCUUACACACAGAGUCUGACCACAGAUCAGACCCAGAGAGACUGGUGCUGGGGCCACUGGGCUGUCCUCCUGCUCCCGGCUCAGAGUAUUUACCGGUAUUUCACCAGAGCCAGAGGACGGUUCAUUACCAUGGUGAUGGCGACGCAUUAGACACUGGGGUUGAUGAUCUGUCUUGUUCUUACGCUACAGAGAUGGACCUUGGCAACAUAUCUUUGGGUUUAGAGACACAGACUGAUCUGUCUAGAGGGGACUGGAACCAGUACAGUAGUAGUGUAUACUCUGAAGGGUGCCUAGAUGAGAAAGGGGAGGUUAUAGUGGUAGAUGAGGUGACUGUGAAAGUGGAGGGCGAUGCUCCUCCCACAUGGAAUGCAGAUAGUCACCUAGGAGACAGACACUCACAGGGCAGAGAUGUCUUAGAGUACAGGGGAAGCUCAGAGACAAAUAAAAAUGUUGUUACCCACUCCCCUUUACACACGCUCAGGGAUCACGACCCAGUAUCCACGUCGAUGGGGCCUCCCGAUUCACACGGCCACGUCCUUUUCGAUCAGGUAUUGAACUCAAACGACAGGGCUAGAGUAGAGGCUCAGGGAAGGGGAGCAACAUCAGGCAAUAGUAAAGAGAAACGGUUCCUCUGCAUGUUCUGUAAAAAAGGCUUCAGCUGCCCCCAGAAAGUGGAGAUCCACCAGAGGGUCCACACAGGGGUGAAACCCUUCAGCUGUACCCAGUGUCACAUGUGCUUCGCCCAGGCUGGUGACCUGAAGAGGCACCAGAUGGUGCACACAGGGGAGAAACCCUACAGCUGCCCCCAGUGUGAGAAGAGGUUCUCCCGCCAGCACCAGCUGAAGAGGCACCUGAAGGUCCACACGGGAGAGAGGCCGUUCGCCUGCACGCACUGCGGGAAGAGGUUCUCAGAGAGAAGCUACCUUAGGAUACACCAGCAGAAAAACCAUUCCACUCUAUAACAUAGAAAGUAACCAUUCCACUCGAUACGAUCUGACGUUUAGAUCAAACCCUGCAUUAAAAACAAAGAUUAAUUGUAAUUGUUGUCAGCAGAAAAGACCACAGAUGCAUUUGGAAUAACUCAAUGUUGAAUAUUCCUGGGUAGAAUAUUGCAUCCAGUGUGAUAUACACUGACUAUACAAAACAUUAAGAACACCUGCUCUUUCCAUGACAUAGACUGACCAGGUGAAAGCUUUAAUCCC